CAUAUAUAGUACGACCAGCAGCAUCUUUAGCUCACAACUAUCGGCCGCUAACUGCUCAGGAAGGGGCUGAAGAAGCUUUCCACUAUGCGGGGGAUUGUCCUGGCCAUCAUUAUCGGCCUCCUUGGCACCGCUGUUUCAUCCAGAGCUGCACCAUUAGGGCAAUAUCAAGAGCAUAUCAGUCUCGCAUUGGAACCGACCAGUGCCUCUGGGGUGACUGCACACAAUAUUGCGAGUGCUCCAGGUGGAGUAGUGAGCGGCAUCGCCAGCGCUACAUCAAGUUCUGUUCCUAGCGCGGUUGGAAGUACCGCCAGCAUCGGUGUUAUAGGAACACCUUGGGGAACUACUGCCUUCCCGUAUAGUUCUUUGGCAGGCUACCCGAAUUUCGGGGCCUUCUCAAACCUAUACGGCGGCUACUACGGGGCCCACCCGGGUUACGGCGGUGACCUGUCUCACGCUUACGGACUUUCUGGAUUUUAUAGCCCAUGGAGAUACUUGUACGGCAGUGCCUACGGAUCUCUAGGUUACCCUGGUGCCCUAGGAGGACUUCUGGGAGAUUAUGGCGUUCGCCAUGGGAGCAUAGGACCCCACACAAUUCUUUCGGGUCUAUAUGGAAGGGCCCUAGGUCUUUCAGGCCUAGAUGGAACAUACGCAGGAUUUCUGAGAAGCCAUCCUAGGUUGUCCGCUCUUGCCAGCUUGUAUGGUGUGUACCCAGGUUAUUUGAGCAGCUUUAGCACACUUUCUGGAUCUCUAGGAACACAUGGUGUUUACUCAGGACUUCACGGCCUCUAUGGAAGUUCACUAGCUCUUUCAGGUCUGUAUGGUAGUUAUCCAGGGCUAGGACACUUGCCAGGGCUUCUGGGUGGAUACUCCGGUUUGUCAAGGCUUUCUGGUCCUUACACUGGUUACCCCGGAUACUUGGGACGCCUUAGUGCUCUUUCUGAAUCACUCGGAACACAUGGUGUUUACUCAGGACUUCACGGCCUCUAUGGAAGUUCACUAGCUCUUUCAAGUCUGUAUGGUAGUUAUCCAGGGCUAGGACACUUGCCAGGGCUUUUGAAUGGAUACUCUGGUUUGUCAAGGUUUUCUUAUCCUUACACUGGUUACCCGGGAUACUUGGGACGCCUUAGUGAUCUUUCUGAAGCACUCGGAACACUUGGUGGUUACUCGGGACUUUCCGGCCUCUAUGGAGCCUCAGUCGCUCUUUCAGGUCUAUAUGACAGCUAUCCAGGGCUUUUGCGAAGAUACUCAGCUUUGACAGGUUUUUCUGCUAUCAACAAUAGAUAUCCUGGCUACUUGGGAAGCCUUGCUGGACUUUCCGGACCACUGGGACCAUUUCGACGUUACCCAGGACUUGAUGAUUUGUACGGCAGCUCACUAGCUCUCUCAGGUCUCUACGGAAGCUACCCUGGAGUCAGACACCUGUCCGGAUUUUCGGGAGGAUACUCCGGCUUGACAGGGCUUUCUGGUUUGUAUGGCGGACACAUAAGUUACCUUGGCGGUGUUAAUAGUGCAAGUCCACUAGGACUACUUCGAGUCUAUCCAGGACUCUCAGGCCUCUAUGGAAGCUCACUUGAUCUUUCAGACCUCUAUGACAACCAUGGUUAUUAUCCUGGACUUGGAGGCUUGUCAGGAAUUAUAGGUAGAUACCCUGGUUUCACAGGUCUUUCUGGUCUCUACAGCGGUUACCCCGAGUACUUGGGACGCCUUAGUGCUCUUUCCAGGUCACUGGGACCGUUUAGUGGUUAUUCGGGACUUUCCGGUCUCUAUGGAAGCUCACUCGCUCUUUCAGGUCUAUACGGCAGUUACCCAGGGCUUUUGGGAGGAUACUUCGCGUCGACAGGUGUUUCUGCUUUAAACAGUGGAUACCCUGCUUACUCGGGAAGCCUUACUAAUCUUUAUGGACCACUAGGGCUACUUGCGCGUUACCCAGAGCUUGGAGGUUUGUACGGCAGCUCACUAGCUCUCUCAAACUUCUACGGAAACUACCCUAGAGUGGGACACCUGCCUGGAGUUCUGGGAAGAUACUCUGGUUUGACAGGACUUUCUGGUUGGUAUGACGGACACCGAAGUUACCUUGGAGGUGUUAAUCUUGCAGGCCCACUAGGCGUAUUUGGAGGUUAUUCCCCCCUUCUAGGCCUCUAUAACAGCCAUAGUUAUUACCCUGGUCUUGGACACUUGUCAGGACUGUUGGGAGGAUACCCUAGUCUGGCAGGGCUUUCUGGUCCCUACAGUGGUUAUCCCACUUACUUGGGACGCCUUAGUGCUCUUUCAGCAUCACUGCGCACACUUGAUGGUUAUUCAGGACUUUCUGGUCUCUAUGGAAGCUCACUCGCUCUUUCAGGUCUAUACGGCAGUUACCCGGGGCUUUUGAGAAAAUACUCGGCUUUGACCGGUUCUUCUGUUUUGAACAGUGUGUAUCCUGGCUACUUCGGAGGUCUUGCUGGACAUUAUGGACCACUAGGGCUACUUGGACAUUACCCAGAUCUUCAAGCUUUGUACGGCAGCUCACUAGCUCCAUCAGGAUGGCACGGAAGUUACCCGAGGGUUGCACACUUGUCCGGAUUUCUGGGAGGGUACUCUGACUUUACGGGACCUUUUGGUUCCUACGGUGGGCACCGAAGUUACCUUGGAGGUGUUAAUAUUGCAGGCCCUCUAGGACUACUUGGAAGUUAUUCAAGUCUUUCAGGCCUGUAUGGCAACCCCGGUUUUUACCCUAGACAUGGACACUUGUCAGGACUUUUGGCAGGAUACGCUUCUUCAACAGGUCUCCCAGGUUUGUACAGUAGACACCCAGGUUACUUGGGAGGCUUUGGUGGUACUUUUGGACCACUAGGACUAUUUGGAGCUUACCCGGGACUUUCUAGCCUUUACGGAAGUCCACAUGCCCUUUCAGGUCUGUUUGGAAGCUAUCCUAGUCUCGCAAGCUUGUCAGGAUUGUACGGAAGCUUUCCAGGCCUGGGAGCUUUAUCGGGUCUCCUGAAUGGCUACUCUGACUGGCCUUAUCUUUCUGUCCAUAGUGGCCUGAAUGACUUAUGGGGAUAUCCAUUGGGCGGUCGUGCUGGCAUAUACGGCUAUGGAAGUUCACUUCAUCCAUUCGGAUACUCCAGCCUUUACGGGCUCGGAGUCGGUCCAUAUGGAAGUUAUGGCACAUACGCAACUACUCUCGGUCAUUCAGGAGUGGGUACUCUGGGUGUAAAUGGAUAUGGUCCUUUCAGUAGCUCAUUUGGAUUUCCUCUGAGCUAUAACAACGGACUUGGUUUAUAUGGUCCCUUUAGUUAUGGCAGACCUUUCGGAAACUACUUCAGUCCAUAUGGAACAUCUGGAAGUUCUCUCAUCUCCUCCAUCCAUCAUAGCCCCUUAGGAACGACAAUGGUAUCAAGUGGUGUCUCUUCUGCUGAAGGGCCAAGUCACUCACAGCUGCCUGAGAUUGUAACACCAAGCACACGUCUUGUCACACCCGCAGGCCUGCCUGAAUUACCAGUAAACAUGGCAGCUACUGCAAAAGGUGUGAAGACAAUAGUCUGAGACCUCCAGUAUUGCAACAAAAAUCCCUGGUGGUGUUAUAAACCGAUCAGGAGCCGUGGUUUACCCAAUUAUUCAUUACAGGCUGUGUUUUUGACUAUAUAUGUGUGAAAGGGGAAGACCAGGGAAACUGGAUGAACUUCCUAAUUUUAAAAAAUAAAGGGUCGGUUCUUGAAA